CAGACUUUGAAUGGAGAGACCUACAACAAGAUUAAUUUGUCCACAAGGUGGCAUUAUAUCAUUAAUGUGACGGGCAAAAAAGGGAAAUAUGGGCGUUUGAGGAUUUAAAUAACUGUAUGAAAAUCUGCCACUGGGCUGUAUGCAGUUAACAGCCACCAGUCAACUCGGGUGCAUCUAAUGAUAUGAUGCAGCUAAGAAGAAGUUAAAACCCAGAAGUCGUAGAUUGGUCUCAGCGAUUUAUUUUAUUACCAGGAUCUCCAUUUGUUCACAAGACCAUCGGAAAAUAAUGUUUCUCCGUUACGUGUUAGUUAUUGUUUCUCUGUUGCAUUUCCUGCAUGACUUCCGCGUGUGCUGCGAUGAAAACUGUAAAGAAAAACCUGUUUUCACUCCGUCCAGACUGGUAGUGAAGUAUGGUGACCCAACCUCUGCCACCUGCCUUGUUUGUCAGCAUAAUUGCACAAAUGAUGCAUUUGGUCUGGAGCAUGCUGUGGGGUACACUGAAGAAAAUGGAACCACGAUUUCAUGGAAGGUUGACAGCCUGACUGAAUGGGAUACAUCUCCACAGUGCUACUAUAAUGAUGAUGAUGGUAACCAGUGUGUUACCAGCCUGCCUAUAACCGUCUAUCAGCCUCCAAAAAAUGUCUAUCUCAUCUUCAUAAAUCACUCUGGGCCGAUGUUUGCAGGCCAUCAGUACACUCUGCAGUGUACAGUCCAGGAAGUUGCUCCUAUUAGUAACCUCAAUGUGACCUUCUACAGAGGACAGACAGAACUACAGAGACUACAGUCCAGCAGCACAACAAAGGAGCCAGUUAAUGAGACCUUCACUCUGGACAUCAACCCUAGUAAAGAUGAUGGAGGCCUGUACUGGUGUGAAGCAAAGCUAGAGCUGGGAGCUGAAGGACCACAGCCUCCUCCAGUGUUGACGUCACAAAACAUCAUCGCCACUGUUCACUACAAGCCUCAGCUAAAGGAGAGUCCCGAUCCAGAACAGAUCACCGUGACAAUAGGAGACCCUCUGCAUCUGAACUGCUCUAGUGAGGGAAACCCCAGCCCCUCCUACACCUGGAGGCUCCCAUCAACCAGUCGUCCCCCCUUCAGUGGCAGCACUCUCAGUAUCGAGGCUGUAACUUCUACAGAUGGAGGACAGUACAUCUGUUUGGUCAGCAACUCUGUGGGGAAUGUGACUAAAGAGUUUACUGUGGAUGUCAAUGGCCCUGCAGGAGGCUACAGCUACAUCAUCAUUAUUAUUAUCGUGGUGGUAGUGGUCAUCACUCUGGCUGCCCUUUUCUACGUUCGUCGCCAUCGCCAUCAACACUUUGCUGUGCCCGUUGAAGAGUAAAUUUGUGGGUGAGGCCUCACAUGUGUAUGGACUUCCUGAACCUGUUGCUACAUCAUGCUGCAGUUAUGCUCAUAAGCUGCAGUUAUCUGUAAACCACAGAUGUAGAUUGCCUAACACCAACUGCUGUAGAAAGCACCUGGAGUCCCUGUGUAUGAGGAGUAACACACACAUGCUGUAAAUACGGUUAAAAGGAGGUUAAAACCAACAUACUGAAGUGUUGCUUUGUUAAUGGAGAGAUGUCCAUUGCUUAGAUUUUUUUUAAUAAAAAUGUUUAAAGUCCCCUAUUAAAUUUGGUGCAAAUGUAAUAUAUUGUCACUAUAUUUUAUAUUUUAUAAAGUAAACUUUAGAAAUUGGUCACAAAUAUAAUAAUUUUUUUUAAAGGGGCUCUGUAAUUUCCUACAGCAGCAGGUCACUGUAGUUUUAAUCAAAUGUUACUAAAACAAUAGCGAAUUGUCAAUUUAUUGGGGAAGAUUUUCAUGUGCGGAUUAAUACACAUUUGGUGCACUAGUGUAUGUCCGGCAGCAGGACAGUGUACGUGGGAUUGACUCAAAAUAAACAACAGUGCCUGAACAUUUA